GAUGCAUGCCGCAUUUAGUGUUGUAAUGUAAAUACUUGUAUAAAUAGUAUACGUAAUUAUUUGAGUUUACCCACCAACAAAAACACUUGUUCAUCCUCUUCGACCAUGAGCGUACACUACUCAUCAAGGCAUACACUGACAGCCUCUUAUUCUACGCCAUCGUACUCGGUUGAGAUCAAAGAUUCACGCGCCAUGCUUAGUGAGAAGGGCUUCUUCGAGUGUCACUUCGCGGGCAAUCCUAAGCCAGAUAUACUGUGGUACCGUAAUGGAAAGAUCAUCAUAGCGAACGAUCGAACAAAGAUUCGCACGAGUGAAAACACUUCCACGCUCACCAUCUAUCCGGUGGAGGUAUCCGACUUUGGUUUUUACAAAUGUAAGGCCAUGAACGAGGCCGGCACAACAGAAUCUAUUGCCAAGCUGAUCGAAAGCAUUGUUCCAACGUUGUCGGACGAUGAGAAAGCCGAACUGGAUGCAGCACGCAGUCCGAGACGGGGUAGUCGUGCUGGCGUUAAGACCGGAAAAGUUAACGACAAGAUCGAGCUGGUAGUCGAGGAAACCGAGGAAGAGCGCCGUGCGAAGGCUGAAAAGCGCAAGAAGCGCGAGGAAAAGCGUAAACAGAAAGAGUCUCAAUUGAUCGAAGAGAUUGUCCAGCAGGAGAUGGAAGCAUCCCUGAAGGAAAAAAUCAAAUUUAGCUCGGAAUCGACAACCACGCUGACAACGAGCACCACCUCUGAGAUGACGCAGGAUGUGAAGCUCACCAAAGACCGUGCGACGGUGAAGUUUAAGGAGCACGUGGAAACACUGGUCGAGGAGAUUGUGACCACCGAAACGGUUCAGGAGAUCGAACGGAUGGUCAUUCACGAGAAGCUUGACGUUUCCGAUGUAGAGAGUGUGAAAAACUCGGUUGAGGUUAAGGAAAUCCUCACCAAUCUCAAGGCUAGUGAGUUUGGACCGGGUGAAGCACCACUGCGUGAACUUGCCACGAUUGCCUUCAUGGUGAAGCACGGUGUAACAGUCAGUGAGAUUACCAGCUUCUAUCAGGCAAGCCACUUCCCAGCUCUGCAGAAGCCAGAAUCACAGUCGGCGAUGGUACUGCUGCUCGAACGCGAAGGAUACGCCAACAUCGUCACAGAGAUCCUCACCGAGACGGAUAUGGACGAAACGCAGCUGGCAGCUACGGCCGGCUUCCGUGCAUUCAUGCGUAUGAUCGAGGUGAACCACGCGAGUGUGGAGGAGAUCAUCGCUCACUUCUCCCCGGACGACUUUGUCGUGCAGGAAUGGAAAACGGAAUCGGCAUUCGAGAAACACGAAGAAACGCGCUUGAUUUCGUCGAGUGAAGUGCGCACGACUGAGACUACCGUCCGAACGAUGAAGGAACUGGACAUCAAAGGUUUGCAAUCAUAACGUCCCAUUCGCCUUCCCCUGUGCUCGCCCUACUCUUCUUUCCUCACUUGUAUUGUGUUGUGUGUUGCCAACCGCCAACUCGUGUGCCCGCCCUGCCUGUGCCCGCUUGCUUGCAGAACUUAUGGCCCAUCCGGGCCAUCGCCUACUCCAACUCCGUCUAUCUACUUCUUGUACAUCUUUUCUUCCUGCUUCGAGAUUUCUCUUCGAAUGCUAGUAUAUUAGUAGUGAACGUUCGUUUUUUUUAUAUUUUCAUCGUUAUUUAGAAAGCAAGAUGAUUAUUUCAAUUAGAACAGAAUGCAUACAGAACUUACCCAGUAGUUGCAAGUAUUGCGAUGUGUGAUUUGCUUUAAAGAGCUGUAAUAUGCGUAGCUCAGCUUCGGCUAAGGAAUAAAGCGUCUCUUUACCUAAAAUAAAGAUACGACGAAUGGAUCGUUCCUGGUAUCUCUCAAACCGUAGAAAGAUCUCAUCACCAUGAGCGAGCUGCUUUAUGAUGGAUGUAAUAAAAUACUACUCGUCUAU